AUGGCGUUGCCAGUCUUCAUUAGAAAAGUAGGACAUGCUUUAAAAUCUGUGGAAGGAACAUGUGAUGUUAUGAAAGCGCUUAAAUGUACAGGAUAUGAUCUCCUAUCCAUGAACCCACUUGGGAUAAUGCAGUUAGAAGAUGCUGAUAAUUUAUGCAGUAUCAUUGGUGAUCUGGAAGUAUGUUUGAAAGAUACUCUUGGUGGGUGUUCAAUUACCGACAAAGUUGGAUGGGUUCCUGUAAUUGAUUCGGCAAAGUUUAUCUGCAAUCGUUUAGAAGAGUACAAAUCGGCGUCUCAUUGUUAUCUAACAAAAGACACUUUUGAAAACUUUAAAAAUUGCACACAGUACUUCCAUAAUGCGGCAUCAUGCAGGUCAUUUGAAACGUUUUUGAAUUGUGUAUUGACACCAAUUAAAAGAUGUAGUUUAAAAGGGGCAGAAAUUCUAAAUGGUUUAUUUACAGCAUUUACUGGAUAUCACAUCCAAAUCAUGAAUUGUUCGUUACCAGCUCUCGUACGUGAGAUGACUACUAAUAAGAAUAUUUCGAUUUACAGGUCUAAAACUGAUUUAAGUGGGUUAGGAGCCUCUUCCCUGGGAAAUUUUAUACAUAAUAUUUAUAGUAUAAGUAUACCAGUAUAA